AUGGACAAGGAGAAUGAUGUGACAUCUGCUGUGAGGGCGAAUCCACCCUUGCCGGCCACAAGCUCUGGUAAGGUCAGCUGCUCCAUCCGAGGGGCCAAUCUGGAACGCCAUGAGGCUGAGCGAAUGGCGAGAAGGGCUCAAGAAAAUCUGGAGGCUAAAAUCGCCGACUUGGCGAGGGCACGUGCCACGGACGAACUCCGGGCUAAGGAUGAGGUUGAGCGGCUGAACUGGAAGGCCGAACGCGCCAGGGAAGAACUAGAGGAUGAACGAAGCCGUUACGAGGAGCGAAUAAGAAGGUUGGAGGAGCAACGUAGCUUGGAUAAGCAACGGGCAGAAGAAGAGUUGCGGCGUGCGGUCGCCGAUGAGGCCAAACGGCAAGAGCUUGCCAUGGAAAGGAUAGUGCAUCAGCAUCGUCGUGAGGUAGACGCACUCAAGUCCGAUCAUGACAGGGAGAUUCACCUGCUCAAGCGCAAACACGAUGCAGAGAUGGCGUCUUUGAAGGCUUCCUCUGGGGAGAGGGACAAGCUGUCGGAGCUGACAACACAGAUGGUGGCCCACAUGACCCAGUGGGACGAUAUAGCUAGUGCGGUGAAGGGCACUACUGCACUGACGGAGCAAAUGAAGGCUGAACAGCUGUCAGCGAGGGAGAGUUUUGUGAAGUCGCUGGAGACUUCAAUGAAGGAACAACAGCGGCAGAUCGAGAUGGAACGAUCGAAGCUCAGUGAACUCACGCGGGAGAUGGAGGAAGAGCAAAAACAACAUCGCCUCACCCGAGAGAAAGAGUCUCAAAGGCUGGAAGCUGAGCAUGUGCGUCUACAAGAGCUACAGGAGACAGCAAGGCAGAUGCAACGUGAUAGCAAAUCAGCUCUGUUCUCGAGGGAGACAGCAGUAGAGUCUGCCGUUAGAAAUCUGAAUGAGCAGAAGUUGGCUUUGGAGUCUCAACAGAAGGCGUUCGAGCUUGAUCGGGAGGACCAGGAAAGGAGGCUUCGUUCUGAGUGGGAGAAGCUGAGAUGUGUACAGAAGUCCGUCGACCUCAGCCUCAUGGCUACGCAGAGACGAGCCAACGAGGCGGAGGUAGCGGUUGCGAGGCAUCGCGAUCGGGCUGCUGCCGAGAUGGAGACCAUAGAAAAGAAGAGUGUGCAGGUAAACGAGGAUUCGGCGGAACUGAAACGGAGACUGGUACUUCUUCGCCAACAAGAAGCUGAUGUUAGGGCUGACAUGAACGGCAUGGUUGAGAUGGCUUCUCGGUUAAAGAAUAGGGCCCAGCAAGUAGCUGAGGCCUAUGCGGCAGCUGAGCAUGUCCGUGCAGAGGCACACAGACUCCAUGCAGAGCUUAGUGAUAGGGAGAAUGAACUGGUAGAAGGAGCAAAGGAAAUGGAAGAGAUGAAGAGGGAGAUCGAGGAGCAGCGACUGAGGGUUAUUGAGGCCGAGACUGCAGUCAGUGCCCGGAAGCUGGAGAUGAUGAACCACACUGACACAUUAGGAGGCAUCACCACUGAGACCCUUGUAUCUGCCUCCUCUCAGCCAAAUUUGAGAGCUGCCUUAUCUUCGGCGCAGGUUGGCCACAGACAGUCGAGGAGCAUGUCACGAGUCACCACGAGGCCACAACUGCUUCGAUCUGUUCCCGAUGCUGACAAGUGGAGGAAGCUAAAGGAGGAGGCCAUGCAGAUUGAUGAGUGA